UCGCCUUCUUCCAGAUCCUUCACCUAUGGUCGAUUCCUCUUCGGUCUUAUCGGAUUAACUCGAUCUUUAUGGCUGUCUUAAGUUCCUCGGACGACAAAACGUCAACCUCUAACGCAUCCAGAAGACCAUAUAUAUAGAUUCUUCAUGAAAUCAGUCGUUAACGCCGCCGCCGCCGCCGUCGGCAACCCCACGUUCGACUCUCUUCGUCUCGGAAGAUCUGCUCAAUCUGUUGUUGGUCGACUCAUCCGGUUUUGGGAUUCCCGGAACAUUAGCAAGAAUGGAGAGUUUAUGGGGAUAACAAUUCUACUCCUCGAUGAAUUAGACUCGGUGAUUCACGGUUUCAUUCCAGCUAAUCGGGCCAACCAUUACCGGUCCUCUUUGAAAACCGGUUCUAUUGUCAGAUUGGACCGUUUUGACGUGGCAAGGGUGGCUCACACGUAUAAGAUUACUGAGCAUCAGUACGUCAUCCGGUUCAUUCCUUCAACGCGUGUUGUUGAGGUCCAAACGGAUGCCCCUGUGAUCAAGUUGGACAAGUUUAUGGUUAGGCGUUACGAACAGCUUCAAGUGCUUGCGAACACCAGUUUAGAGCUACAAGAUGUUGUUGGUGAGAUAAGAUCUGUGCAGGGGUCCGAUCUCAGAAACCAAACAGCCACAAGCAGGGUUGUUGUCCGCCUAUUAAUUGAACCGAACGUGACCGUGUUCAUGUCUUUAUGGGAUGAGGCUGCAUCAGCUUUUAGGGGUCUCUUGAAAGCUGGGGAUAAAUCACAGUCCGUGAUGCUGGUGACCACAGUUAAUCCUAAACUCUUUGGAGGGAAUCUGUAUCUUAAUUCCACACAAGGGACUAGGUUCUUCUUUGACACCAGUAUCUCUGAAAUAGCAGAGUUUGUUAGCAGCAUUGGAUCUACACCACCUCAAGAUUAUACAUGUGUCGACACGCUUGAAGGAGUCAAGAAGAAGGAGCUUGUGUCAAUAGGGGAUCUCAACACAUUCAUCUCGAACUCUAACGAACAGAUCCAAGAAGCUGAUUUCCUCUGCAAAGCCCAGAUUGUUGGUGUCAUUCAGGAAAAUGGGUGGUUCUUUGUGUCUUGCACUGGUUGCCACAAAAAAGUGGAAAAACGUGGGACGUCAUUGGACUGCAGCAGAUGUGCAACUUCUGACGUGACUGGUGUUGUUAACUUUGUGUAGUCUUUAACAUUUGGUUAAGCGGUUUCACGUAAAUAUCCAUUUACCAGUCCAUUACUCAACGUAAGGUUCCGUGUUGAGCUUGCUGUUGAUGAUGGCAAAGAUAGCGCAACGUUUGUUGUCUUCGAUAAGGAGAUGAACAAGCUCACCAAACAGGAAGCUGCUGUGCUUGCCCUGGAUGAGGUUUCAAACGGUGGAGAGGAGUAUCUCCCAAGUUGUCUUGAAGAGCUAGCCGGGAAGGAGUUUGUGUUUCAGAUCCGUGUAACACCUUUCAACUUCACUCCCAAUCACCGUACCUUCACCGUUGCCACCAUCUCUGAAGAUAGCGAGGCACACUCUGAGAACAGUGGAGUUGACACAGGAUUGGAAGCUUCGUCUUCGGGCCCGUCUGUUUUGGGAGUCAAGAUGAGUGAAGAACGUGCAUCAGGCAAUCAUCCAGGGAAUGCAGACGCUCAGCAGAAACGCAAGCGUGGCCGUGAGUAAUUGGGAAAACAUAUUCCUACAAACCCGUCAUCAGUCUUAUUUGUCUUUUUUUAAAAAUACUUCUACUAGCUAUGCUUCUCAUUAUGAGCUUUGAUCUCUGUCGUUAUCGUUUUGAUUUCCAUGGAUAUUUUCUUCUUUUCUGGAUUAUUAAUGAAUCUUUGACGGGUUAAAUUUGA